AUGUUUCAUAGUUCUAUUUGGUUUAAAUAUUCGGCCUGCAGGUCGAUUUAUUUAAUGAACUGUAAUUCACGAAAAUCUUUUCUCAAAAGAAAAUCAUUAAUAAUAUCUAAACAAAAUUCUUUCUGUACCAGAAAAGCUGUUUUGGUAUGGCUAGAUAAACAAAACUUACCCUCUUUACUUAGUACAAAAAGCAUUAAAAAUUUAGAAGUAUUCAAACGUAAUGUUAGUAAAACUUCAGUUUGUUUGAAUACUAAAAAAGAACCUAAUGAUUCGGAUAAAAAUCCUCCAGAGAACAAUUUUAAUUUUUUAAAAUUUUUAAUGACCUGGGCUGUUUUGUGGUUCAUAUAUUCUUUACUAUUCCGUAAUAGUAAUCAAAGAAGAUUUGAAGCUGCUAUUAUUUCUUGGGAAGAAUUUAAAAAUGAUAUAUUAGCCAAAGGAGAAGUAGAUAAACUUAUUUACAGCUUAGAAACCCAACAAGUUCUUGUCGUUUUACAAAAAGGAGCCAUUAUUAAAAAUAAACAUCCUUCAUCUCCAUUUUACAUACUCAAAGUGACAGACAGUAGUAAAUUUGAAGGAAAAUUAAGAGAGGCAGAGAAACAAUUGGGUAUAUCUCCAAAAAAUGGAGUGCCUAUCGAAUAUUACAGCAAUGCAGCAAUCGAUACAUUGCCUGCCAUUUUGACUGUUUUGAUAAUAGGAUUGUUAUUUUAUAAAUUUAGAAAUUUUAAAUUUCCCGGAUUAACAGAUUUUAUGAAUAUAUCAAAAGCAAAAUUUACAUUGGUUGACCCAUUGACUGGACCGGGAAAAGGAGUGAAAUUUUCAGAUGUCGCAGGUUUAAAAGAGGCUAAAAUUGAAAUAAUGGAAUUUGUUGAUUAUUUAAAAAGACCGGAGCAUUACAAAAGCCUUGGUGCAAAAGUUCCAAAAGGUGCACUUUUACUAGGACCUCCUGGUUGUGGAAAAACUCUUUUAGCUAAAGCUGUAGCUACUGAAGCCAAUGUACCUUUUCUAUCCAUGAACGGCUCUGAAUUUAUUGAAAUGAUUGGAGGUUUGGGUGCAGCUAGAGUUCGAGAUUUAUUUAAUGAAGCAAAAAAACGUAGUCCUUGCAUUGUUUAUAUUGAUGAAAUUGAUGCUGUUGGAAAAAAAAGAAGUGCUGUAGAUUCUGGUAGAGGUGACAGAGAAGGAGAACAGACUUUAAAUCAAUUACUCGUAGAAAUGGAUGGAGUGGUUUCAAAUGAGGGUGUCGUAUUGUUAGCAUCGACAAAUAGAGCAGAUGUAUUGGAUUCAGCACUUCUCAGACCAGGACGGUUCGAUCGUCAAAUUUUAAUUGAUUUACCGACUUAUGAUGAAAGACGUCAAAUAUUCGAACAACACUUGAAAAGUAUUCAUUUAGAACAAAAACCUGAGCUUUACUCAAAACGACUUGCAUAUUUAACACCGGGUUUCAGUGGUGCCGAUAUUGCUAAUGUAUGCAAUGAAGCAGCUUUACACGCCGCCAGGCAUAAAAAGAAAAUUGUUCAAGGAGAUGAUUUAGAGUAUGCAGUCGAAAGAGUUGUUGGAGGUACUGAAAAAAGAUCUAGCGCCAUGUCACCGGAGGAAAAAAAAAUGCUCGCUUAUUAUGAAGCCGGUCGCGGACUUGUCGGAUGGUUAUCAAAAUACGGCGAAGCCUUAUUAAAAAUUACAAUCGUACCUAGAACGGCUACGGCAGCCGGAUGGACGCAAUUUGCACAAAGUGAAAAAUUUUUAUACACGAAAGAAGAAUUAAUUGGAAAAAUGGCAAUGGGUCUCGGAGGUCGAGUUGCCGUGUCAUUAAUUUUCAAUAAAGUUACCAGCAAAGGUGAAAACGAUUUGAAAAAAGUCACCAAAUUGGCUUACGCUCAAAUAAAAACAUUUGGAAUGGGAGAAAAAGUCGGGCUAAUGUCAUUUGAUGGACCCGGUUCAGAUGAAAAUGUUAAAAAACCUUAUAGUAAAUACCUUGCUGCUUUGUACGACGAAGAAGCACGAAUGCUGAUAACAUCAGUAUAUAAAGAGACUGAAAAAAUUCUGUUGGAAAAUAAAGAAAAAUUGUUAAAAUUGACUGAAGAAUUAAUAAAAAAAGAAACGUUAAAUUACGAAGAUAUCGUAAAAAUAAUCGGGCCUCCGCCCCACGCUGGAAAAAAAUUAAUUGAACCAUUCGAAUUUGAAUUAUCUCUUACGCAGGCUGCAGGCCCCGACGAACCUCCGAUUUCGAACGAAAAAAUUGAUUCGAAAGAAGAAAAUACGUUGGAUAAUAAAUAA